ACAGGAAGACCGCCAUCCGUAUUCUGCUCAAAGAAUGCCCUCGUUGCAUCGGAUCUCGUGAUAACCAGGGAAGAUCCUUCCUUCAUACUGCUAUCCAGAACAAGAGUUCCCUUGUAGUGGGAUAUGCUAGCGGAGAAUCAAGUGUUGCAUCCAUAAUGAACGCUCAGGACAACGAUGGCAACACCGCGCUACACCUAGCUGUCGAUGUUGGGGAUCUAUCCGGCUUUUUUACUCUGCUGAGGAACCCAAAAGUAUUAUUAGAUAUCAGAAAUAACAAGGAUCAAACUCCUCUGGAUCUAGCAUGGAGUAAGAGGAACCGAACAGUUUUUUCGUACGGACGGAAUCCGGAUCGAGUGAUUUACUGGACCCUCCGACGUGCCGGUGCUAGUCAUGCUAGCUCUUGGAAAGAUCGUCUUCAAGAACUUUGCAAUUCCGCGCCAAUGGAAAGUCAAGAGGACAAAGAGAUAAAGGAGGAAAAAGAGAAAGAAGAGUCAGCUAACAUGACAGAUUCGACUCGGACAUUGGGCAUUGGCUCGGUACUCAUAGCUUCAGUGACAUUCACUGCAACUUUCACCGUACCUGCAGGAAUCAAAGCCAGUGACCAUACCACCAAUGGCACGCCAGGAAUUCUUGGUACGUGGUAUUUCAAUGCGUUCAUGAUGGCCAAUACGCUGGCUUUCAUCUGCUCAUCCAUAGCGACUGUUGGCCUCAUGUUCGCCGGCAUGCCCCUGGUCAAAUUACCAAUCCGCCGCAGGCACUUUCUCAUAUCGGUCUUCUUCGCCUCGACUUCACUCACUUGUUUGAAUGUUGCCUUUGCACUAGGAGUAUAUAUGGUGCUGGCUCCAGUUGGUCUUAAGACUGCAAUUGCCAUAUGUGUCAUCACCCCACUUGUGCUGCUCUACAGGAAUGCAGAUAAUGUUCAUAAAAUGGUUAUUACUUCAUGGCUGAUAUAUGUCAGACGGGGGUUUAUCUUUGCAUGUUGUUCAUUAUACGCACUAGUUAUCAACGGAUAAUAAUGGAGCGUUGGCAUUUCGUAGCCACCUUCGCUUGGGCAGCGCAUAAGCAAACAUCAUCAACACCGUUUC